AUGGUUGCAUGGGCGGGGAUGAGUGCAUGGGCGGGGAUGGUUGCAUGGGCGGGGAUGGUUGCAUGGGCGGGGAUGGUUGCAUGGGCGGGGAUGAGUGCAUGGGCGGGGAUGGUUGCAUGGGCGGGGGAUGGUUGCAUGGGCGGGGAUGAGUGCAUGGGCGGGGAUGGUUGCAUGGGCGGGGAUGAGUGCAUGGGCGGGGAUGGUUGCAUGGGCGGGGAUGGUUGCAUGGGCGGGGAUGAGUGCAUGGGCGGGGAUGGUUGCAUGGGCGGGGAUGGUUGCAUGGGCGGGGAUGAGUGCAUGGGCGGGGAUGGUUGCAUGGGCGGGGAUGAGUGCAUGGGCGGGGAUGGUUGCAUGGGCGGGGAUGGUUGCAUGGGCGGGGAUUGCAUGGGCGGGGAUGGUUGCAUGGGCGGGGAUGGUUGCAUGGGCGGGGAUGGUUGCAUGGGCGGGGAUGAGUGCAUGGGCGGGGAUGGUUGCAUGGGCGGGGAUGAGUGCAUGGGCGGGGAUGGUUGCAUGGGCGGGGAUGGUUGCAUGGGCGGGGAUGGUUGCAUGGGCGGGGAUGGUUGCAUGGGCGGGGAUGAGUGCAUGGGCGGGGAUGAGUGCAUGGGCGGGGAUGAGUGCAUGGGCGGGGAUGAGUGCAUGGGCGGGGAUGGUUGCAUGGGCGGGGAUGAGUGCAUGGGCGGGGAUGGUUGCAUGGGCGGGGAUGGUUGCAUGGGCGGGGAUGAGUGCAUGGGCGGGGAUGGUUGCAUGGGCGGGGAUGAGUGCAUGGGCGGGGAUGAGUGCAUGGGCGGGGAUGGUUGCAUUGGCGGGGAUGAAUGCAUGGGCGGGGAUGGUUGCAUGGGCGGGGAUGGUUGCAUGGGCGGGGAUGGUUGCAUGGGCGGGGAUGGUUGCAUGGGCGGGGAUGAGUGCAUGGGCGGGGAUGGUUGCAUGGGCGGGGAUGAGUGCAUGGGCGGGAUGGUUGCAUGGGCGGGGAUGAGUGCAUGGGCGGGGAUGGUUGCAUUGGCGGGGAUGAGUGCAAUGGGCGGGGAUGAGUGCAUGGGCGGGGAUGGUUGCAUUGGCGGGGAUGAGUGCAUGGGCGGGGAUGGUUGCAUGGGCGGGGAUGAGUGCAUGGGCGGGGAUGAGUGCAUGGGCAGGGAUGAGUGCAUGGGCGGGGAUGAGUGCAUGGGCGGGGAUGAGUGCAUGGGCGGGGAUGAGUGCAUGGGCGGGGAUGGUUGCAUGGGCGGGGAUGGUUGCAUGGGCGGGGAUGAGUGCAUGGGCGGGGAUGAGUGCAUGGGCGGGAUGGUUGCAUUGGCGGGGAUGGUUGCAUGGGCGGGGAUGGUUGCAUGGGCGGGGAUGAGUGCAUGGGCGGGGAUGGUUGCAUGGGCGGGGAUGAGUGCAUGGGCGGGGAUGGUUGCAUGGGCGGGGAUGGUUGCAUGGGCGGGGAUGAGUGCAUGGGCGGGGAUGGUUUGCAUGGGCGGGGAUGGUUGCAUGGGCGGGGAUGAGUGCAUGGGCGGGGAUGAGUGCAUGGGCGGGGAUGGUUGCAUGGGCGGGGAUGAGUGCAUGGGCGGGGAUGGUUGCAUGGGCGGGGAUGAGUGCAUGGGCGGGGAUGGUUGCAUGGGCGGGGAUGAGUGCAUGGGCGGGGAUGAGUGCAUGGGCGGGGAUGAGUGCAUGGGCGGGGAUGAGUGCAUGGGCGGGGAUGAGUGCAUGGGCGGGGAUGAGUGCAUGGGGGGAUGA